UCAAUAUAUCUCUCCUGGUGGAUGGGUUGUCUUCAAGUAUUAUAUAGACCCCUCCCAUAUUCUGUUGGAUUGGCAAAGAUGAUACUCUCACUUUUUUCUCGUCCGAGGUAAUAAAAGUCACGAAAGGUGAAGAAGAUGCGACUAGUUUACAUUUUGAAAUCAUCAAAGGUAUAACGCAUUUUCCUCGACGAGAUAUACGAUUAACUGCGAGUGUUUCCCUCAAAGAGUCAUUUCCUUUCUUCAUCGGCCAAGAUGAUCCGGAAGCCGGUCUCAAUUCUUCUUCUUUGCUCCAUUCUAGGAUUAAACACAUGUGGAGGUCAAUUUCAACGACCAUUCACGACAAACAAUCGGGGGCAAUCACAAUUCGGUGGGCAGUCACAAUUUCAAUCACAAUUCCAAGCGAAAACCACUGGCGGCAAUCAAUUUCAAUCUCAAUUUGGAUCUAAUCGAAUAGAUCAAAAUCGUUAUGUUCAAACGGAAAAAUCUUCUUCAGUCUCGUGUCCAGAGAGAACGGGAAGAUUUGCAGUUCCCUCACAAUGCGAUGCUUAUAUAGAAUGUAUCGAUGGUGUUGGUGAAGAAAAACUUUGUCCCGAAGGAUUAUUAUUUAAUCCCAAUGUACGUUUCAAUUAUCCCUGUGGUUAUCCAAUUGAUGUUGAAUGCUUGGGCCGAUCAAAUCUUCAACCAGCGAGACCAACCGAAGAUUGUCCACAUCAGUAUGGUUACUUCAAAGUUGGUGAUCAGAAGAAUUGUGGUAAAUUUAUGAAUUGCGCCGAUGGUGUGGGAUAUAUUUUCGAUUGUCCAGAAGGUUUAGCCUACAAUUCCAAAACGUAUCGAUGUGAUUGGCCUGAUCAAGUAGAAGACUGUGAUGCUGAAGCUUACUUGGGAUUCAGUUGUCCGAAUGCAAAGGAAACUGGUUUUCUCACCGGAGAAACGAGAUUCUUCAGAAGCCCCUCAGAUUGUCAGCGUUACUUCACUUGCGUUAAUGGACGUCCACGACUUCAAAAUUGUGGCGAAGGAAAUGCAUUCAACGAACUUAUAAAUACUUGCGAUGCUGUUGAAAAUGUUACCGGAUGUAAUUCGGGUUUUGAGAGACGAGUUCCAAACACUUUCCUACAAAACUCAGCGCCCACUUUCCAACAACGAGGAUCAAACUAUCAACAAGCUGGUGCAAACAAUUACCAACAAGCCAGAACAAAUCAACAAUUUGUACGAAAUAAUCAACAAUCAACUUUUUCAUCUAAGUCACAUUUCGGAAGAUUUUAAAUUCUAAUGAAAGAUAUACAAAAAGAUAUCUUUUAAUUUAUAUGUAUUUUCCAAAAAUAAGUAAAAUGUUCCAUUUUUUUCGCAAAGACAUAUCCAUUAAUUGGUAACAAUUGUUUUAUUGUCUUUGUUCGAUCCUAUCUGUAUAUUUUAUUGCUAAGUAAAUAUAUCUCAUGUACAAAUAUGUAUAGAUCAUCUAUUUUUCUUAAUAAUAUUGUAUAGAUAAUUAAAAAUAAAUUAUUUUUUCUUCUUGGGAAGUUUA